GCGAACGCUUUCUACAAUAGUUUAUACGUAGUGAUUGGCGGCGUCGCGCAUCUUUGUAGUUGACGUCGUCGUCGGGCAUCGCCGAUCCGUUUCAGGCUUAACGCGUAGCAGGUGCUCCUCUCUAGUGUAGUCCAGACAAUUCACAGCUCAUCAUCAGUCACAAUUGAAUUAGGUAGCUGCUGGAACGUAACAUGUGAUCCAUCUCCAUCGACCAUGUCUAUCAGUGCCGACGAUCAGACGUGGGUUCAGGGUGCUUCCGGAAAGGGGCAGCCAUGGUACCGGAAGAUCACGGUGGAACCCACGUUGUUCCUGUACAUGAUGUCCCAUAUGCUGACAUCGGUUGUCGAACAAGUUUUCUACGUCUACAAGGCCUGUACGGUCAAUCACGGAUAUGGACACAAUGUAUGUGCCAACAUCGAACACUACCAGGAGAUCAAAAAGGAAGUUCAGGUCACAACGUCUACGUUCCUGAUGUGGAACCACAUCGCCAUGAAUGUUGUUCCGAUUGCUUUGGCGUUUUUCUUAGGACCUUGGUCGGACAAGAGAGGCCGGAAACUCCCUCUACUUUUGGGACUAGUAGGAAAAUUGAUACAUUCGAUAAUGAUUAUGAUCAACACCAAGAUGGAUUGGCCCCUGGAAUAUGUGAUCUACACGGCAACGAUCCCAAGCGUCUUCACCGGGGCAGGUGUAGCGAUAUUCGGUUCAUGCUUCGCCUACAUCACAGAUGUAACAACCGCAUCAGAGCGUACGAUGAGAAUCGCGAUUCUAGAAGCGUCAUUUCUCAGCACGAUGCCCGUUGGCGUUGCUCUGGGGAAUGUGUUGUUCAAUCUGAGCAACAAGUCGUUUUUCCUAAUGUACGUGAUUAAUGCCUCACUCUUGCUGGUAUCCAUGUUGUAUUCGAUAACGAGAUUGCAAUCUCGUACAACCGAGCGUCAAGUGUCGAUCCGGGAGCUACGCUGGUAUCAAAUACCGGGUGACAUCUUUGACAAGGAGCACGUCGUCCAUUCUCUGAAAACUCUUUUCAAGAAACGUCCAAUGGAUGGACGUUUUUACCUGUAUAUUCUUAUGGCGGCCACUGCAUUUUAUACCUUUCAACGGGACGAGAGACCCAUGAUCUACCUCUAUACUCAACUUAAAUUUAACUGGAAUACCGACAAAUACAGCUACUUCCGGACCUACCAAUCCACGAUGUACGUUAUGAUGCUGAUCAUUGGGGUUCCCUUCUUCCUGAAGCUUUUGAAGAUGCGAGAUACGUUCAUCAUCAUGAUCGGAGUGGCUGCCCAUGCCAUCGCCCGGUUCUUCUACAUCUUCGCCGAAGUGGACUGGUUGCUGUACGUGGGGGCAACGGUUUCGAGUUUGGGUCCGAUUGUGGCCGCCGUUCUCCGGUCGAUGAUCUCAAAAAUUGUUACCGCCACCGAACGGGGUACCAUUUUUUCGCUGCUGUCGAUCUUCGACGAUGCCGUGGUGCUCAUCAGUGGGGUCCUGUACACCCAAGUCUACAACGCCUUCAUCGACAGCUACCCGGCGGCUUUCUUUUGGCUCACGAUGGCCACCCAGGGCAUCGUCUUUCUGCUGAUAAUGGGUGUUCACAUUUUUCUGCGGGGGAAAUCGCUGGAGGAGGACACCACCGAUACGACGAUGGGGGAUCUCAAUGGAACGGUUCAGAAAAAACCUGCCGGAAAUGAAGUUGCUGGAUACGACAACGAGGGACUGCAGCUUUAACAUACUUGAGUUGUGAUCAAAUGACAUUCCUUGAUUAACCUAAUUGUUUCAAUCAUAUUGUAAAUAAAAUGAAAAUAAAACACUGAUACGAGUGUUGAUGGAUAUCGA